CCCGUCUGCGUUCGGGCAUUCGCUCCCUUCCCAUGAUCCGAUAACCAAGCUGGCCUUUUGAUGAACAAUGACCGGCCGCGGGAUUAUACUGGCUGCCAAGGAAGUCUCGGACGACGCGAGAUCGAUCGUUGUUGAGCGAAGAACGAUCUUGGCCUCAGUCUGGCUAGUUAUAAUCAUCCUUGGCAUUCCUGCAUGGAUAUGGACCACGGAAAUCGAAAGGCUUGGCCUGCCAGCAGCCCGCAUCGCGCGGUACAGCUCUGGUUCUUGUCCGGUACAGCUGCACGCGAGCGCGACACCUGCCGAAGCUUCGAUCAUCCGCGCGCAUCCCCAAUGGCAUUGCAUAGAUACGACGGCGUCAGCUGAAGCCCCGACCUGGUUGAGCAAAAUACUUACGCAGUCCCGCGAGCACGCGACGGCUCAAGAUGCCCGCGUUGUGGACUAUGCUCCUCGUUACAAGCUCGUGUAUAGUCUGCUGCUGCAAGAAACGGAUGCUCCCAGCGACUGGCCCAUUCAGAGUAUGCUCAGGAACACCUUGCCACUGCUCGAAAGUCUCAAUGUUCUGCACAACUUUACACUGGAGACGCAAGUGCAAUCCUUUGCCCCGUUGACGUUCGAGCCGCUGGAUGGCACCGCGGCAGAUGGUGAAGCGCAUCACAUCAUUGAGGAGUAUCAGCUCAAAGCUUUUGUCAACACUGCCGAAUGGAACCUCGCAACCGCCGCAUCCCUCGAUCCAGUGUUGCACUUCAUCCUGUUUGUGCCGUCUGAGAGAUAUUCACCUCUGAAGAUCCGCUUGAGCGAUGGUUCAUACUCAUCCACAAACGCAUUCGUCAGUCCCCAGUGGGGUGGUGUCGUGCUUGCCGACUCCCUCGACACCCUAAAAUUUCCUGAGCAACUCAACACGAUCAGUCAGACCUUCGAUGCGCAAUUGGCGUUACUGCUCGGCGUGCCUGGUCGAGUGCGGAGCGGACAUCGUCUCGAGGAUUGGCAAGUUGAUGCCAUGUUACUCACGCGUACGCUAGCCAACACGCGCAAUGGCAUCAAUACGCUGAAAGCGAUCGUCAAUCUGACAAACACGAUUGAGAAUAUGCCUAUCGGAUCGGACGUACAGACCGACGUCACCGAGGCCCUGCACGCGGUUGAGAUGGUGCAGCAGAGCUGGCCUGACGAUCUCACUGGAGCGAUGAAGUGGUCUGCCAAGGUCAACGAGCUCUCCUCGCGCGCAUUCUAUCAUCCAUCAAUGCUCGGCCUGCUCUACUUCCCCGACGAGCACAAGUACGCGGUGUACACUCCUUUAUUUGGACCUAUAGCCGUUCCGCUCGUGCUAGGCAUCAUCAAAGAGUUCAAGUCUUGGCGACAAGGACGCGCUGGCAGAGAUAAGAAGACAAAGAAAGACUAGACAGUUGCAUAGCAUUGUUGUUGUCACCAUGCUGUAUUCUCAUCGCACUGAUCGCAAGUCUCUUCAGAUAGCGCAAUAUUGCACUUCGUGACACCU